AUGGAGUUUCUUGAAAGAACGUACCUUGUGAAUGACAAGGCUACCAAGAUGUAUGCCUUCACCCUGGACAGAGUGGAACUCGAGUGGAAGCCGCAGAAUAAAGAGCAGUGUCCCGGAGAGAGGCCGGAGGAGCGGGAGUCGGGAGCCGCGUCUCACUGCCACGGCAGCUGCAAGGCCCCGGGGCAAAGGGCGAGCGAGCAGGCGCAGGCCACGUGGAGACUGUGCGCUGCCUCUGCCUUGUGCUUCGUUUUCAUGAUUGCAGAGGUGGUGGGUGGGCACGUUGCUGGGAGCCUUGCUGUUGUCACUGAUGCCGCCCAUCUGCUGAUUGACCUGACCAGUUUCCUGCUCAGUCUCUUUUCCUUGUGGCUCUCGUCCAGACCCCCCUCCAAGCGGCUGACAUUUGGAUGGCACCGAGCAGAGAUCCUCGGUGCCCUGCUAUCUGUUCUCUGCAUCUGGGUGGUGACUGGUGUGCUGGUCUACCUGGCCUGUGAACGCCUGCUCUACCCUGAUUACCAGAUCCAAGCGACCAUAAUGAUUAUUGUUUCCGGCUGUGCAGUGGUGGCCAAUGUUGUACUUACGGUCGUUUUGCACCAGAGGCACCUUGGUCACAAUCACAAGGAGGUGCAAGCUAAUGCCAGUGUCCAAGCGGCUUUUGUGCAUGCCCUUGGGGAUGUAUUUCAGAGCAUAAGUGUGCUCAUUAGUGCACUCAUCAUCUACUUUAAGCCAGACUACAAAAUUGCUGACCCAAUCUGCACAUUCAUCUUUUCCAUCCUGGUUUUGGCUAGCACCAUCAUGAUCUUAAAAGACUUCUCCAUUUUACUCAUGGAAGGUGUACCCAAGAGUCUGAGUUACGAUGCUGUGAAAGAGCUCAUCGGGACAGUCGACGGCGUGGUGGCUGUUCACAGCCUGCACAUCUGGUCCCUGACAGUGAACCAAAUUAUCCUCUCUGCUCAUGUUGUCACAGCAGUGAGCUGGGAUAGCCAGAUCGUGCGGAGAGAGAUUGCUCAAGCCCUCAGCCGUAGCUUUGCUAUACAUUCCCUCACUAUUCAGAUGGAAUCUCCAGCUGACCAAGACCCUGACUGCCUCUUCUGUGAGGAUCCCCAGGACUAG